CAUUAGGAUCACCAGAUCAAUAUACCGCUUUUCAAGUUGGCCACCCUGGCACUUGAUGAAUGACUCACGUCACACCUAACCUCAAACUUCGAACCAAAACAAAUAUCAAUGCAAUUUCCAAUCCUCAAAAAUGGUUGAUCUAAAAAAGGACCUAGACGAGUACCUACUUCUCCAAAGCGACCAAAAAAAGUCCUUCAAGCUCCAAAUACCCACGAUCCAGAAGCCCAACAUCGGUAAUUGGUUCAAAAGGGAGCAACCCCCAGAGGACGACUCUUGGUUCCAAGAAACGAAAAAAGGGUGCUGCCCCAGUUUGACGCGGUUUCAACGCAUCGUGCUUUUCGGACUGUGUAUAAUCAUGGGGAUUUUGUGUUUCUCGCUGUCGCUAAUGUACAUCCCAGUAUUGUUAUUCAAGGCUCGGAAAUUCGCCCUAUUAUUCACCCUUGGAAGUCUCUUCUUCGUACUAAGUUUCUUCUUCUUGUGGGGUCCCCUGGCCUACUUAAAACACAUGGUCUCGAAAGAGAGACUGUUUUUAACUCUGACUUAUGGAAGUACGUUAAUCGCCACUCUUUACUGCGCCCUGCAUCUGCAAAGCACCCCGUUUACGGUUUUGUGCGCAGUGGGACAAAUAGUAACUUUGUUGUGGACUGUGAUAGCCAACAUUCCUGGAGGCACGACCGGAGUGUCAUUUUUCUCCAAAAUGUUUUCCAGGUCUGUUGGCAAUACGCUACCAAUUUAGUGUUUUUUGAUGUCAAAAUUACUGUGCAAGACUGUUACCAACUGAGGACUGAACCCCCUGUAUUGACGUUUCCAAAGUUGGCCUCACCAAAAUUUACUAUUUCUAUUUCACUCUGUAAUAGAUGUUAGUCUAGAUAAUAAAUUACUUUGUAUUAUUAUUAUUAUAAAAAGGCAAAUAUUAUACAAUUUGACGUUACAAA